UGAUUUUUGACAGUUACCAUUUGGAGGUUAUGUUGUGAAAAAAUUCGCACCGAUUAACGAAUAAAAUAUUAAUUAAAACUAUAACAAUAGUGUAGACCAAAAUGUUAUCGCGUAGCUGGAAGCAGUUAUGUCGUCGGUAUUCCCAGGCAGUCAACUUUAGGACCACAGAAGCUUCUCCUAGUCAACACAAUGAGAAUCAAAUUGGGAUGUUCUAUACUAUGCAACCAGACACAUGCAAACAACUAUUCGGACACGGUGGCUUCCCCCGGAGCUUCAUGAAACAGACCAAGACGUUCACAGAGGCCGCUGUGAUGGUCCGACAACCAGCACUUGACCUCAUAGACUGUAUAAAAGCCACAGACUUCGAUAAACCAGCCAUUCGAUACGUACUUUAUGGGGAGAAGGGAACUGGCAAGUCCCUCACUCUGGCUCACCUGCUGCACUACGCUCAUGAACAAGGAUUCCUGAUUGUCCACGUUCCAUGGGUAUCCGAGUGGCUUCGUCGCAUACCGCGUCAUAAGGAGAUGGCCAACUCUCCGACACGCGAGGGCUUCGUGGACUUGCCGCUAGAGGCUGCCGCGUGGCUGCUGCACUUCAAGACCCAGAACCAGGCCAUCCUCAAACAAGGAGACUUGAAAGUAUCAAAUGAGUACGUGUGGAGUAAACGGGAGAAGACAGAAGCUGGCGCGACGUUAGCCGAGCUGGUUGAACUCGGCAUCAACCGCGUCAAGUACGCCUGUGACGUCGUCGACGCGCUCGUCCAAGAGAUCAAGAUACUCUCUAACAACAAACUAUGCAAGACAUUCGUAGCAGUGGACGGGUUCAACAGUUUCUUCUACCCCCUAACGCGGCUGCGGACGCCGACCAAGAGGAGCGUGAAGCCUGAGGAAGUCUCACUGACUACUUCCUUCUUGGAAAUCACUAAGAAUGAUUGGAAAAAUGGCGCCAUAGUACUGACAGCAGACGAGCUGGCAGUGCCUGAUGAUCAUCAAGAGAGCUACCUGCCCAAAUACUUGUUGUUCAGGAAGGGCUUCGAACAUUUGGAUCCGUUUGUCCCUGUGGAAGUGGGCAGAUACAGUGACAAGGAGUUCCUGUCAUGUGCCAGUUACUACAGGGACCGGUUGUGGCUGCGAGGUCCGCCUGAGAUGGAGAAUGAGCUCAAGUUUACCAGUGCCUGCAACCCUUAUAAGUUUAUGGAGCAGUGUGCUCCGUUGUAAUGUUAUUUAUUUAGAUUGAUGUAAUAUAAAUUAUGUUAUAGUUCAAA